GCUAUUAGGAUCAGACAGUCAGGCUUAAAGCUGUCAGUACAACUGCUUCUCAUCUUUUUUCACAAUCCUGACAUCUUUUCUCUUUUCUGCUGGACACAAGCAUUACUGUUUUUAUCAUUUUCAAUCAAGCUCACGCUGCAAGCUGAGGAAUAUAUUCCCACAGAAACCAAAGUGAGGAGCAGAAAUUAUUUUAUAGCUACUGUAGUAGCAGCGGUGCCGGCUGCAUGUUGUGUGGGAGAAACAGGAUCAGUGAGAAAUGUGGCUUUCCUCAGGGCUACAUCAUUGAGAUAUUAGUUCAACAUCUAAGGAGAGCAAAGCUACUCCUCUGAUUUUUCAAUGAUUAAUCACUCCUUCGUAAGCAAACAGAAAGUGGGGGAGAAGAUGUAAGAUUUUUUUUUUUUUUUUUUUCAAUAACUUGUGGAAAUGUUAUCAUCAGUGAAACGGGGGAAAAUUACUAUGCUUGAACUUCUUUUCAUUUUGAUGUUGCUCUUCUCUGGACCAACCCUGAGCAAGCUUAGCAGGACCAAAGGCAAACACUGGAAGGGGGGAUCCCGUCUCCGCCAGGAGGACUUUCCACCCCGGAUUGUUGAGCAUCCUUCAGAUGUGAUAGUCUCUAAAGGAGAGCCAACAACUCUGAACUGUAAAGCUGAAGGACGGCCAACUCCUACUAUUGAGUGGUACAAGGAUGGAGAGCGAGUGGAAACGGACAAGGAUGAUCCGCGUUCCCACCGCAUGCUGCUGCCCAGCGGAUCUUUAUUUUUCUUACGUAUUGUGCACGGACGCAGGAGUAAACCCGAUGAAGGAAGUUAUGUUUGUGUAGCAAGGAACUAUCUUGGAGAAGCUGUGAGUCGCAAUGCAUCUCUGGAAGUGGCAUUGCUACGGGAUGACUUCCGCCAAAACCCUACAGAUGUUGUAGUGGCAGCUGGAGAGCCUGCUAUAUUGGAGUGCCAGCCACCUCGUGGACACCCUGAGCCUACCAUCUACUGGAAGAAAGAUAAAGUCCGUAUUGAUGACAGGGAAGAGCGCAUCAGUAUACGUGGUGGGAAGCUGAUGAUCUCCAAUACAAGAAAAAGUGAUGCCGGCAUGUACAUUUGUGUUGGAACAAAUAUGGUCGGGGAGCGAGACAGUGAUCCGGCAGAGCUGACUGUCUUUGAACGGCCCACGUUUCUCAGGCGACCAAUUAACCAAGUGGUGCUGGAGGAGGAGGCUGUGGAUUUCCGGUGCCAGGUGCAGGGGGAUCCCACACCCACAGUCCGGUGGAAGAAAGAUGAUGCAGACUUACCGAGAGGAAGGUAUGACAUCAAAGAUGACUACACUUUGCGCAUUAAGAAGGCCAUGAGUACAGAUGAAGGAACUUACACAUGUAUUGCUGAGAAUCGAGUUGGAAAAGUGGAAGCCUCUGCUACCCUCACUGUGCGAGCUCGCCCCGUUGCUCCCCCACAGUUUGUGGUGAGACCACGAGACCAGAUUGUAGCCCAGGGUCGAACAGUGACUUUUCCUUGUGAAACUAAAGGAAAUCCCCAGCCAGCUGUUUUCUGGCAAAAAGAAGGAAGCCAGAAUCUACUCUUCCCAAACCAGCCUCUCCAGCCCAACAGCAGGUAUUCAGUGUCACCAACAGGAGAUCUCACCAUUACCAACAUUCAGCGGUCUGAUGCAGGCUACUACAUUUGUCAAGCACUGACAGUUGCUGGAAGCAUUUUAGCAAAGGCUCAGCUGGAGGUUACUGAUGUCUUGACAGAUAGGCCUCCACCCAUCAUCCUCCAGGGGCCAGUCAAUCAGACACUGGCAGUGGAUGGGACAGCUUUGCUGAAGUGCAAAGCAACCGGCGACCCCCUUCCUGUCAUCAGCUGGUUAAAAGAAGGAUUCACCUUCCUGGGCCGAGACCCUCGAACAUCCAUACAGGAUCAGGGGACACUACAGAUUAAAACUCUGCGGCUGUCCGAUACUGGGACUUACACUUGUGUUGCUACAAGUUCUAGUGGGGAGACAUCUUGGAGUGCUGUGCUGGAGGUGACAGAAUCUGGUGGAGCAACAGUCAGUAAGAAUUAUGAUGUAAAUGACCUCCCUGGGCCACCAUCCAAACCUCAGGUCACUGAUGUUACUAAGAACACUGUCACCCUGUCCUGGCAACCAGGGACCCCUGGAAGCCUACCAGCUAGUGCAUAUAUCAUUGAGGCUUUUAGUCAAUCUGUGAGCAAUAGCUGGCAAACGGUGGCUAACCAUGUGAAGACCACUCUCUACACUGUGAGAGCACUGCGCCCCAAUACAAUCUACCUGUUUAUGGUGAGAGCUAUCAACUCACAAGGUCUGAGUGAUCCCAGCCCUAUGUCAGAUCCUGUCCGAACACAAGAUAUCAGCCCACCAGCACAAGGUGUGGAUCACAGGCAAGUCCAGAAAGAACUGGGAGACGUCAUUGUACGACUGCAUAAUCCUGUUGUGCUGACACCCACGACGGUUCAAGUCACCUGGACAGUUGACCGGCAAUCCCAGUUUAUUCAGGGCUACCGUGUAAUGUAUCGGCAAACGUCUGGCCUACCUUCUCCGGGUGCAUGGCAGAAUUUGGAGGUCAAAGUCCCAACUGAGCGCAGUGCUGUUCUCGUCAACUUAAAAAAGGGGGUCACUUAUGAAAUUAAGGUUCGCCCUUAUUUCAAUGAAUUCCAAGGAAUGGACAGUGAAUCAAAGUCUGCUCGUACCACAGAGGAAGCUCCAAGUGCCCCUCCUCAGUCUGUUACUGUCCUGACAGUUGGGAACCACAACAGCACAAGCAUCAGCAUCUCCUGGGAUCCUCCCCCUCCAGACCACCAAAAUGGAGUCAUCCAGGAGUAUAAGAUCUGGUGCCUAGGUAAUGAGACUCGAUUUCAUAUCAACAAAACAGUAGAUGCAGCCAUUCGGUCUGUAGUAAUAGGUGGCCUAUAUCCAGGUAUUCAGUACCGCGUGGAAGUUGCUGCAAGCACCAGUGCAGGUGUGGGAGUAAAAAGUGAGCCACAACCCAUAAUAAUCGGAGGUCGUAACGAAGUUGUCAUCACUGAAAAUAACAACAGCAUAACUGAGCAAAUCACUGAUGUUGUCAAACAGCCUGCCUUUAUAGCUGGCAUCGGUGGUGCAUGUUGGGUAAUUCUGAUGGGUUUCAGCAUCUGGUUGUACUGGCGCAGAAAGAAGAGGAAGGGGCUCAGCAAUUAUGCUGUUCAGUCCUUCACCUUCACCCCUGCAGUCACUUUCCAAAGAGGAGAUGGAGGACUAAUGAGCAAUGGAAGUCGACCAGGUCUGUUGAAUGCAAGUGACCCCAGUUAUCCUUGGCUUGCAGACUCUUGGCCUGCCACAAGUCUGCCGGUAAACAACAGCACUAGCGGACCAAAUGAUCUUGGAAAUUUCGGUCGUGCAGAUGUGCUGCCACCAGUGCCAGGGCAAGGGGAUAAAACUGCUACUAUGCUUUCUGAUGGAGCCAUUUACAGCAGCAUUGACUUCACCACGAAAACUAGUUACAACAGUUCCAGCCAAAUAACACAAGCUACGCCAUAUGCCACCACCCAGAUUCUGCAUUCCAACAGCAUCCAUGAGCUGGCUGUCGACUUACCUGAUCCUCAGUGGAAAAGCUCAAUUCAGCAAAAAAAUGACCUGAUGGGAUUCGGUUACUCUCUCCCAGACCAAGGCAAAGGCAACAAUGCCUUGCUUUACAUCCCUGACUACCGCGUGGCUGAGGGAUUGGCUAAUAGAUUGCCACACAACCAGUCACAGGAUUUCAGCACCACCAGCUCCCACAACAGCUCCGAAAGGAGUGGCAGCCUCUCAGGUGGCAAAGGAGGGAAAAAGAAGAAAAACAAAAAUACUGCCAAGCCCCAGAAAAAUAAUGGGUCAAACUGGGCUAGUGUUCCCCUCCCACCCCCUCCUGUGCAGCCUCUUCCAGGAACAGAGCUGGAACACUAUGGGGUGGAUCAGCAAGAAGCAGGAUAUGACAGUGACGGUUGGUGUCCACCUUUGCCGGUUCAGACCUACCUACAUCAGGGCAUGGAGGAUGAGCUUGAAGAAGACGAUGAUCGUGUUCCCACACCUCCUGUCCGAGGAGUAGCUUCAUCACCUGCGAUCUCCUUUGGACAACAGUCAACUGCAACCCUCACGCCUUCUCCACGAGAGGAGAUGCAGCCAAUGCUUCAAGCCCACCUUGAUGAAUUAACAAGGGCUUACCAGUUUGAUAUAGCAAAGCAGACAUGGCACAUCCAAAGCAAUACACAACCUCCUCAGGCUCCAGUUCCGCCCCUAGGAUAUGUAUCUGGAAACCUUAUUUCAGAUUUGGAAACAGAUGUUCCAGAUGAUGAGGAUGAUGAGGAUGAUAUUGAAGAAGAAACUGUAGAAAUCAGUAGGCCGCUAAGAGGUCUAGAGCAUACUCCAGGCUCCAGUAUGGACAAUCUGGACAGCUCUGUGACAGGGAAAGCAUAUCCUUCCUCUCAGAGACCUCGGCCAAGCAGUCCUUUUUCUACUGACAGCAACACCAGUGCAGCUGUCAAUCAGAGUCAGAGGCCGAGGCCCACUAAAAAACACAAGGGAGGACGGUUGGACCAACCCCCCUUGCCUCAUCGUAGGGAGGGAAUAACAGAUGAUCUUCCACCACCACCCGACCCGCCCCCUGGUCAGGGUUUAAGGCAGCAAAUAGUCCCCGGCCAGCGCGGAGGCUCAGCAGAGAGGAAAGGAAGCUCUCUUGAGAGGCAGCAUGCACCCAACGUAGAUGAAACAAAGAGCUCCCUGGACCGGCAAGCUAGAACAUCACUAGAGUGGCAGCGGCAAACCCAGGAGUGGAUAAGCUCGACAGACCGCCAAGAGGAUUUCAGGAAAGUCCAACACAAACAAGCCUUCGGAUCAGAAGAGGCACUCGUACCAUAUAGUAAACCCAACUUCCCAUCCCCUGGCGGCCACAGCUCUUCAGGAACAGCUUCUUCUAAAGGAUCGACCGGACCUAGAAAAGGUGAAGUCUUGCGGGGAGGUCACCAACGCAAUGCCAGUGACCUUCUCGAUGUAGGCUAUGUGGGAUCAAACAGUCAAGGACAGUUUACUGGUGAAUUAUAGUAGUUGAGAAGACACAUUGCAAGCUGCUCUGAUGGAUCAUCAGGUCUGAACUCAUGGAAGUGAUGACACUAAACAGUGCAAUGAACAUUUUCUUUAUUUAUGUACUAUUAAAAGAACUGUAAAUGCAAUGUAAAGACACACAGCCACACAUAUCCCACAGAUACUUUACUUGUGUUCUUCUCUUUAAUACACCAUCCACCUUAAACUAUUCCUUGUCAGGAGUAUAUAAAAAAGAAAGAAAAAAAAAAAAAAAAACAAAAAACACCACCCUACAGGAUGAAAAGGAUUUCCUUGUGUAUAUAAUUUCUUUUGUUGCAUUGCUAUGCAAGCUCACCUUCUUUUUAGCUAUGUUCAUAUUCAUGUCUGUUUUUAUUGGUCUGUUGUACUAUAUGUGAAUUAAUAGGCUGUGGUGCCAUAUAUUAACUUUUAAUUGUGUAACUUUUAUGUUUAAAGUUUGCACUGCAAUUUUAUUUGAUGAUAAGCACAAAACUCUACUCCUCAUGACAUGAAGAAAAAAGAGACUGAAUGUGUGAAGAAGGUUUACGUACUGUAAGCUACUUUGGGUAAUGCUGGAUGUAAAGGAGUAUGUUAGGUGGUUUUCCAUUGGGGUGUAGAAAUAAGAAAGUGACAGGCAAAACUGAUGUCAGUGAAGACAUUAGAGACAGAUUUAAAUCUUUUAAAGGCAAGCAACAUAGUUGCUCUUCCUAUUUAAGAAGGGGUCAGAAGUUGGAAGUGUGAAAUUAAAGAGUGAAUAUGAAAAUUAAAGGUAGCAUGAGAUGGCCUAGACCCUUUCACUAGAAUGAUGCCCUUAGUAUCUGUUUUUAGCCAUCCCAUGCCACUUAAGUAAAGGGUAAGAAAAACAAACCUUGCUACAAACAAAAGAAUUUAAGGUGUUUCACUAAAGCUGUUUUUAUAUUGCAGUUUUAAAAGAAUUAUUACCAUUAAUUUCUCCGACCCAAAAUAUAAGACAGAGAUUUCCCAGGAGAAACUAACAAUAUAAACUCAAGGAAUACCUAGUAAGUAGUCAAGGAUGCAAUUUAUUAUUAAGGCAUAUUCAGGCUGCUUCCAAAAAAUUGAAAUGUCAGAGUAUCUUAUUUCAUUUUUCCAAUACGUGUACAGUAUAAUAGAGGAUAGAGCUGCACCACUGAAAUUCAUGACAUUAAUUGUUUUGAUGCAGUCUAAACAAACCUUUGUGUUCUGUUACCUGAAGUGUGUGAGAGCUGAAGCUGGAUCCACUAAAUUUGUAGUAAAAUGUUUAGUGUUUGGAAGGAAAGCAAUGGUCAAAUUAUUUUCGGCUUGCAUUAGGUACAUUUCUGGCAAUACAGUACAUCCAAAAAGUUGGAUAUAAGCAAAGAAAAUCUUUGACCUAUGUUUUAGUGGGUGGCUUCAAGCCCUGCUAUGAUGAGGAAAUAACGCAUGUUUAUACACUUUUUGAAUAAACCAGACUCUGUAAGUGGACAUUAAUGACAGCAUCCUGUCUCUUCAUUAAUUUUCAUGACUUUGUCCAAAUCUUCUGUACCUCUCAAAUCUCAAAGUAAAUUGUCAAACUUUUCUUAGAAUAUUGUAUGUGUAUAGCCCAUGCAUUUGGUGCUUAAUUUAAAUAUUGCAUCCUACAGCUUGUUUCUGUUAGUUAUCUGACCAUGAAUACAACUUUCCAUUUGAAUACCCUUUUCGUAUAACCAGUCUAUGUUGUUUUAUAUAUUGCCUUGGAGCUCACCAGUAUUAAGAACACUCUUAGUAAUGGCAGAAUUUUAGAAAAUUAAAUUACAAUGCUAAAUAUGUGUUGCUUUUCAUUUCAUUAACUUGUUCCAUGAUAAGAUAAAACACUACAGCCAUCAACUAUAACUCAGCACUAUUGAAUAUUAAAAAAAUGCUAGUUAACUUCCUUAAGGUCAAGACUGUUAUUUAGCAGGUUAAAAACCAAAAAAAGUUGAGAAAAAAAUGUAUGCAUUUAUUUAUAUAUGUGACCAACAAAUAUAUGUAAUUUUCCUGCUUGUUAAGCCAUUAUAGUUAAAACCAUUACUUUAAAAUGUGCAGAAAUGUUCAAGCAAGAUAAAGGCAUCAUAUUUACAUAUGUAUGGUUUUUAUUUUGGUAUUAUCAUAUGAAGAGAAGACUAUUCAGGGUACAAUUCAAAUUUAAUUCUCUGGAAAAUGUUUAACUCAGUUGCCCUUAGAUUUGUUUUCCUUUUAAUUCAAAGCUUGUGCUGAGCUUUGGUGGAACACCUUACUCACUAUAUUCUAUUCAAAAUUCAGUAUCAUUAGGUGUUGACAAAAUCAUCCCAAUUACUUUCAAAUACGUGUUUUAUCUCUUCCACUGGAAAGUAAAUGUGUGUCAGUAUUAAAGCUGUGCAGUACCAUGAUAUUCACUAACUUGAUCAUCUGCUUCUGUACAUUUUUGUUCAUUAAUAAUUUGCUUACAAUAUUACAUAAGGUGUUGUUGUGUAUCGCAAAGUGUCUCCAUUAUCCUACAGGUGAUGUCUCUUCUUUUGUUUUCUCUCUCUCUUUUCUAUACAGUGUACUUCCAAUGAACCACAGUACAUAUUUUUUAAAAUGCCAUUUAAUUUACUAUUUUAAAAGAAGUAUUCUUCUUUUUUUAAAAAAAAUUUAAAACAUUUAUUGUGAAUAAUGUGUUUAAAGAAAAGGGAUGUUGUGGCAGCACUUAGAAUUGCUUUUUAAUUUGUUUUUUUAAAAAACUGUUUAUUGGCUACAGUUUGUUCACGAAAAAGUAUGACCUCUUAAUGUGUUUCAUUGGUGUUAGUGCAGCAAAGUUUAAUUGGCAUAAAAAGUUGGUUAAUAGUACUGUUGAAGUGUGUAUUGUAUAUUUACUGGGGAAAAAAAUAAAACAUAUUCACAUUUCAAAUCUAUGUUAAAAGACCUUGAGUAAGGAGUCAAUAUGUGGAAACCCAAACUGGGAAAAUCAGGCAAUAAUAACAUAGACUGAGCUAUAAUCAUCACUGUCCACUUACAGGUAACAAGGAACAUUUUAUAUGCUGGUUUUUGAACUAAGCUAAGAGCUGUCUUUUAAAUAGGCCAGUGGUAAACAUUGCCUGUCACAGGGAUUUCUGUUUAAGGUCCUGUCUAUAUUGGGAAUAGUUGUACCAAUGUAAUUACACUGAUACAGCUAUUCUAGUGAUACGUCCUCCAUUUGUAGACAGACUAUCUCAAUGUACAGUAAGGACUGCAAGUGCACAGCUUACUUUGCUUAAAGCCUGUCAGGUAGUGGACGUGUAAAACCUGUGUUCAGUGGGUCUGAACCCUUGGACUUGGGGUUUUGUACUGGUGGAGCUACUGCCAACCCAGUACAGAAUAUCCCCAGAACAUACAGAUAGAUGCUAGGUCAAUUUUUCUCAAUAUUUGCAUUGAAUAUAUGCUCAAUUAUAAAUGCAGGAGGGCUGAAGGACCAAAUAAUAAAUUGUUACAUGUGCUUCAGUGGUGUAUUUCUGUAUGGUCAGCCAUUUCAGUGAUGCAAACAACAGGCAUUUCUUUUUUGUUAUUUGUUAUUUCUCAAGUCCUUAUCCAAGUCAGUAACCCUUUUGAAUAACUUUUGGUUGUCACCUGAAAUACAACAGAAAUGCUGUUCCUGGGAAAAGUUCAAAAGAAACGGAGCAUGGAGUGUUUCAAGUAUAUGGAUUUAACUAUACAGAGUUCAAAAGGAAGACAUGACUGUUUGAAAUAAUGAUAUGCUGGUUUAUGCUUGCCUCAGCCCAUGCAUUGCCAGCCAGGAGAAAAGGCAUGUACUAAGGCUGAGAAAGAGUCCUCACAACUGACAGAGGAAAGGUAAUUGGGUUGGGGGAGAUUCUGGCAGGAACUUUUUUAAAAAAAAAAUAAAUAAAUACAGGCAGCUCCUUUGGCUUUUCUACGAUU